AUGCCUGACAAGUCUCCCACGCUGUACCUCAUCCGCCAUGGCGAGAAACCGCCAAAGCAGCCCGAUGGCGAAGACGGGCCCGGUCUCUCACAACAGGGCGUCGACCGCGCACAGGCCAUGGUCGAGGUCUUUGGACGCAACAGCCCCUACAACAUAGGGUAUAUCAUCGCUCAGAAGCCGAAGAAGCACGGCAAACGAGAUCGUCCCUACUUGACGGUCAAACCACUCGCCGAGUCGCUCGAGCAGUUCGGCGUGCCCUUCGACUUCACCAUCGAGCGCGACCACGUGGACAAAGUCAAGGACGCGGUGCACGACUACAUCAAGGGGAAGGGCAGCGGCGGCGAGGGCAACGUCCUGAUCUGCUGGGAACACGAUACGCUGGAGAAGAUCGCGGGCGUGCUGGGCGUGGACAAGGUGCCUGACUAUCCCGGGAAGAGAUUCGAUCUUAUCUGGACGAUCGAGCCGCCCUACGAAAAGAUCAACAGCUACACGUCGGAGCACGUCCAGGGAUUGGAUGACGAGUAUGCGAACGAACCAUAA